AUGGCUGCUCAAUCAACCCUUCGACGUCCCGAGGACCCCCUCGUUGUGCUGUACCACCAUUACGCAGAGCUCCUUCGUGCACGCGUCCGGCGCACAUCAAAAACCGCCAAGCUGAUCGCAACGGUCGCCCUGCUUCUGUCGAUCAUCGGAUCAGGGUAUGGAGGCUACAAAUGGAUCCGGGAGCGCGCCAAGGAGCGCGCACAGGGCAGACGGAUGCUGCGAAGGAACUCGGGGCUUCGAGGGAAAGAUGGAUCGAGGAUCAUCUACGUCCCGUACCGGAGCAAUCAGACAUCCAAGGUCACCAUCCAUCCGACAAAGCCGACCACCUUUGAUGCCCACCGGAGGCUGUUCCUCAAUCCCCCUCGAGCAGCUCGCCUGAGUGAUGGCGAGUCGGUCUCUCCAAUCCCUCCGCCGUCGACGAAGCCCGGGUUGAAUCUGGCCUUUCUGCACCAGUUCCUGAGCCUGAUGAGCAUCAUGAUCCCGAGGUGGAACUGCAAGGAAACGGGUCUGUUGAUGAGCCAUGGUGUUUUCCUCAUGCUGCGAACGUACCUAUCCUUGGUGGUGGCCAGACUGGACGGUGAGAUCGUCAGAGAUCUUGUCGCCGGCAAGGGACGCGCCUUCAUCUGGGGAAUCAUUAAGUGGUGUGGCAUUGGGACACUCGCAUCCUACACAAAUGCAAUGAUCAAAUACCUCCAGUCAAAGAUAUCGAUAGCGUUCCGAACGCGCCUCACGAGGUACAUCCACGACCUCUAUCUCAACGACAACAUGAAUUACUACAAACUGUCCAACUUGGACGGUGCCGUCGGCCAGAGUGCCGAUCAAUUCAUCACCCAAGACCUGACCCUCUUCUGCUCAUCCGCGGCAGCUCUGUACUCCUCGUUGGGGAAGCCGUUUGUUGAUCUCAUCGUCUUCAAUUAUCAGCUCUACCGUUCUCUGGGACCUCUAGCUCUGGCCGUAAUUUUGAGCGGCUACUUUGGUACUGCGACCGUUCUGCGCAAAGUAUCCCCACCGUUUGGAAAACUAAAGGCUGUCGAGGGUAAAAAGGAAGGUGACUUUAGAGGCCUGCAUUCCCGACUUCUGGCAAAUGCAGAGGAAAUCGCUUUCUACGGUGGUGCGUACGUCGAGAGGGUCUUUUUGGACAAGAGCUUCAAGGAUCUGCAACGAUGGAUGAAGGGCAUCUACAACCUGAAGAUCCGCUACAAUAUGCUGGAAGAUUUGAUCUUGAAGUAUUCUUGGUCGGCCCUCGGCUAUCUUAUCACGUCCGUGCCCGUGUUCCUCCCGGCCUGGGGAGGACUGGGUGGGGUCAUGGAGUUAGCUGAUGCCUCGGAGCAGUCCAGUCGCGAACGAGGUCGCAUGAAGGAGUUCAUUACAAACAAGCGACUGAUGUUGUCGUUGGCCGAUGCUGGGGGUCGCAUGAUGUACAGUAUCAAGGACCUUUCCGAGUUAGCGGGCUACACAUCGCGCGUCUACACACUCGUAUCUGCCCUGCACAGAGUGCAUGCCAAUGCGUAUUAUCAGCCCCGUGGUAGCCACCCUGAAUUAUACUCUUUGUCGGAUGUCCAGGGCACGAUCCACAAUGGCUUCGACGGUGUCCGUCUGGAGCAUGUUCCUAUCGUCGCGCCGUCCCUCUAUCCACAAGGGGGUGAUGAGCUCCUCGAGUCUUUGUCGUUCAUCGUCCACUCCGGGGAACAUCUCCUCAUUACGGGACCCAAUGGCGUUGGAAAGUCCGCUAUUGCGCGCAUCGUCGCUGGAUUAUGGCCUGUGUACCGGGGUCUGGUGAGCCGGCCUCGAGGUUUUGGCAUGGAUGGCAUCAUGUUUUUGCCUCAGCGUCCGUAUCUGACUGUUGGAACGCUGCGCGAUCAAGUCAUCUAUCCUCACAGCGAGAUGGAUAUGCGCGAGAACGGCCGGACAGAUGCUGAGCUGGGCAGGAUCUUGAAUGAAGUUCAUCUGGGGUACCUUCCCGACCGGGAAGGCGGCUGGGACUGCCGAAAGGAGUGGAAGGACGUCCUGAGCGGUGGAGAGAAACAGCGGAUGGCCUUUGCAAGGCUGCUCUAUCAUGAGCCACGUUAUGCGUUUAUCGACGAAGGCACCUCCGCAGUGUCUUCAGACGUGGAGGGUUGGCUCUACGAACGAGCAAAGCAGAAAGGAAUCACGUUGAUUACGAUCUCGACCCGCGCUUCCCUGAAGAAAUACCACACUUUCCAACUCACCCUCGGCCUUGGAUUGGAGGGCGACCAGUGGGAAUUCGAGAGGAUCGGGACGGAGAAGGAAAAGCUAGGAGUCGAGAAGGAACUGCAAGAAUUGCGCAAGCGACUCGACAAUGUUGAGGAAUGGAAGCGGCGUCGAGAGGAGAUCGAGAGCGAGUUGCGUAAGGUCUGGGUCGAGGAGGGGGAGCUUGCCCCUCCGCCUUAUCAAGAGGAAGAAACAACCCAGCAGACUGUAGAAGAGUCUGCUGCGAACUGA